CAUACACCGACAACUUCCAAGUGCGUGCAACUCCCAAGUGCAGUUUGCGUUACAAUUAUGAAGCUCUUGGAGGACUCUGGCGAGACGAGGUACUGGGGCGAGUUGCCCAACGAGCUUAUUUCCGCGAUAGCGAGCUACCUUACCGAGAACGAAGUCGCAACAUCCGUCAAGCUUCUCAACAAGCACUAUGCGAGCUGUCUCAGCGAGUUUCGAGUCGUGCGCCUGUCGCAGCCGCUGCCGCAGUGGACCCAGCGGCACUACUUCGGUCGCUACGUCCUUGUGGGGCUGGCGUCGGCCUUCCAGCCCUGGCCCUCGCGCGACUUCGUGGCGCACCGGGGCCGCCCCGAGCCGUGGCGCUGCCUCACGCUGCCGCAGCGGCGCCGGCUGCUGAGCCUGGCGGCGUCUUCGGGCGACGGCGGCAGCCUGGAGGCCGCGCUGGCGCAAUGCGGCUGCAGCGUGGGGGACGAAGCGGUUAAGUCGGCGGCUAUUGCCGGUUGCGUGUCGGCCUGCGAAAAGCUCGUAUCUCAGGAGCCCUCUGUCUUCACCCACCAGCUGUUCAGCUUAGCAGCGGAGGCGGGGCAGCUGGAGGUGUGCCGCUGGUAUUGGCGGCGGAAGGCGGAGUUGCAGCAGAUGUCGAUUCGGGAUGCGGACAUGGAACUGCGCCGUGCGUGCGUUGCGGCGUGCCGGGGUGGUCAUGAAGCGCUUGUCAGCUGGCUGGAGCAACAGCAUCAACAGCUGGAGCAGCAACCACAACCACACCAGGCACAGCAGCAGCAGCAACAACAACAACAACAGCAGCAGCAGCAGCAGCAGCAGCAGCAGCAGCAGCAGGAGCUGCCCAUCCUGAACAUGGCUGGCGCUGCAGCCCGGCGGUCGGCAGCUGACUUGCGCCACGCUGCUGACAUGGCACUGGCGGCGGCGGAGGGUGGCUUCACGGAGUUAUGCGCACGCUGGGCUGAGACGGCGGGGCCAGGCCAGCUACGCCCGGCCAUGCUGGCAUGCAGGGCUGCUUUGGGUUGCAACCUAGCCGGCCUUCAGCAGUUGGGUUCUUUCUACUACGACCCGUCUCCUGGCAUCCGAAGGGUCCGCAAUCGCUUCAUGGCCCAAUGCGCCGCCGCCAGUCCCACGCCCGACUGGAGGGACAAGGUGGACUGGGCGACACAGCAGCGGAAUCCGGCGGCCGGCGUGCCGCAGGCGCCUGAGGCGCCGCAGGGUCCGGCGGCCGGCGUGCCGCAGGGGCCUGAGGCGCCGCAGGGUCCGGCGGCCGGCGUGCCGCAGGGGCCUGAUGAGGCACCAACAGCACAGGAUUUGAAUGAGGUAGCACAGGCAGCCUUCUGUGUCGCAGCGGGCUUUCCUGACUGGCACCUGCGGCUGCAGCAUCUGCGGUCGCGUGGCCUGCAGCUGCUGGAUGCGGCGCGUAUGAUUAAGAACGCGGCCGCCGCCGGCAACACAGCCGCGCUGACGUGGCUGCUGGAUCAGCCGGAGGGUCAGAGACUGGCGACGCGCAUGGAGCUGGGGCAGUCGGCAGUGGCUGUGGGGCAUGUGCCGGUGCUGGAGUGCCUGCGCGCGCGGGGCGUUGCGUUUGAUGUGUCGCACGCGAUCACAGCAGCUUGUCAGGGUCGCGGCGAGGCGCUGCGGUGGAUGGCGGGAGUGGUGGCUGCGAGCUUCGCGGCCGUGCGGUCAGGGGUGUGGCUGCGCGCGGCGGCUGCGGGCGUGGAGCUGUCGACUCUGCGGCUGCUGCAUGAGCAGCGGGGAACAGCCGUGGACCUGACUGCGUUGGCUGCGGGCGGCAGCGUGGAGGCGCUGGAGUGGGCGUUUGGGCUGCUGGAGCAGGAGCAUGCGGCCGGCGUGGCGGGAGGCGGCACGGCGGGGGCGAGCGUGGGCGCUACUGGUUCCGGUGUCGGGGCGUACGCGGGGUCUGCUGCCCCGAGCCCUGUGUCGCUGGGGGCGCUGUGGGCAGCUGCGGAGGCUGGCAACUGGGCAACUGCAUCCUGGCUGCUGCUGCGGCAGCGCGGUCAGGACUGCUGCCAUGAGCUGCUUCCCUUCUUCACACGUAAGGCGGAGGAGGCACUACCGGGGAUAUACAGGGAGGCAGCGCUAGGUGCGCUGCGAUGGCUUGAGGGCGAGCUGGAGCGAGCACCGGCGGGCUGACGGAGAGCAGCGGGAGAUGGGAGUGGGGGCAGCGGGUGCAGAGUAGGUAGGGUCGUCGGUCGAGUUGUUGGCGUUCAGGCGCCAUCGCGCUCAAUGACGCAUUCGCCAGCCAGAUCCUCAGCUACGGCCGCGGGGAGACGCUGCACAUACUGUUGUGGCAUGAGAACUGCCGAAGUGCUGUGCAGCUGUAGUGCUCAAGUGCAGUUGGUGGGGUGGAACGCCGUACGUACGAUGGAAGCAUGCGCCGUUGGUUGCGUGUGCCAGUGCAACGCCAUACGGUGGAGGUAGAGGUGUUUUACAGGUUUGCUUAUUUUCCAGUUGGUUUUUUUGUGCGUGAAGGGAGUGUGUGGAGUCGAUGAAGCAUGGGCGUGUGUUGACGGGACACAUGGGUCUGAUUCGAAGAAACGUGGAGCGCCGAGCGCCAGGGGACAGAGGAGGCGGACCAGCGGAUUAGGAGUUCAGGACCCUGUUGACGUAGCGGGUCGUGUGCAAGGGCUGGUGUACUGGGAAGUGUCCAUGUGCGGUGGGAGGAGCAACAGUAGGGAAACGGAUGGGCCGUGAGACGUGUGUGAGUGCUGAACCCACGCUGUCCGGCACGA